AUGAGAAUCUCGGACUUGCUAACUAGCUUGCUUCUUGCAUCAUUAGCCAGCGCUUUCCAGUUAACUUACUUUUCUAAUAUUACCCAAUAUAUUGAUUGCCACAAUCCCAACUCGUGUGUUUUGACUUCUUACGAAGAAAAUGCAAGUGAGUUUACGCACGAAUAUCCAAAUUUAUAUCUCAAUGGAGAUAUAAUCGGUGAAGAUGCAAAUGGUUUCCUUCUUCCAGGAGGUUCACCAGAUUCAUUUAUUUGGACCAUGUAUCAAGAAGGUGAUAUUCUUGGUGUCGAUCCACCAUUGUAUGCUUGCUCGUCAGGUUUAUUUUCGAAGGAAAUGCCUGAUGAUAAUUGCCUGAAAAUUACGCAAUUGACGGUGUUAGGCUCUUUUGCACAAGGUCUAGACCAACCCGAACAAGCAGAACACUCUGAACAAUCUCAACAAUCCGAACAAUCCGAACAAUCCGAACAAUCCGAACAAUCUGAACAGUCUGAACAGUCUGAAGAACAAUCCGAACAAGCUGAACAAUCUGAAGAACAGGCUGAACAAUCUGAAGAACAAUCUGAAGAACAAGCUGAACAAGCUGAACAAUCUGAAGAACAGGCUGAACAAUCUGAAGAACAAGCUGAGCAAGCGGAACAAUCUGACGAGAAAUCUGAACAAUCUGAGUCUAAGCAGUCUGAACAAUCUGAAAAUUUGAUAAAAGCUGACACUGAGUCUUUCACAAAUGAAGAACCUGUAUCUUCUUUCGAAGGCAUUGCUGAAUCAUUGUCUGAUGAGGUUGCUGGGUAUGCUACUGACACAGAUAACGUAUCUUCGACAAAACACAAUACUGAAAAUACUUUAGGAGCCCUAGGUGGACCGUCUACAAAUGAAGGUAUCGAAUGGUCCACAGUUGAAGAAACAGAACCCACCUCCGAUGCAACUACUGAAUCUUACCCCGAUGAAAAUGAUAGAUCUUCGGUAGAUGAUCAAGUUGACUCUUCAACAAAUGUAGAAGCAGGUACCAAAUUUGAAUCGUCAGCUAAUGAGCAUGUUGACUUAUAUUAUUCCGAAGAGACUGAGUCUGCCUUAGGUACAGAGGACACUUCCUUAGAAGCUCAAACUGAAUUCUAUUUUUCCGAUGUAGAUACCGAAUAUACUUCAAAUGUUGCCGAAUCAUCUACAACUCCUGCUGACGUAACUACGACAAACGAAGAAGACGAUCCUUCAUCAGAUGCAGCAUCAGAAUCUACAUUCGACACCCAAGCUGAGCCCUCAACAGAUCUUGAUACCCAAAGUAGCACGCAUGCAGAAACUGAAGCUACAGAAGUUUAUUUUGAAAUAUCCUUAUCUUCUGAGGCUGAAUCAUUAGAUGUCCAAGAUGAUCUUUCAACAAACUUAGACAAUGUGUCUUCCAUAGAUAUCCAAGUUGAAGCAUACACAAAUGUAGAUGUUGAAUCUUCCAACAUUUCAGAAACUGACUUUGACUCCAUUAAUGAAACCUUAACAGACACAGAGGCUGAAAUUUCUACAAUUGCUGAUGCUGAAUCUGAUUUCCAGGCUGAAAUUUCUACAAUGGCAGAUGUUGAAUCUUUCGAUUUGCAAGAUGCGUUAUCCGAUAAUUACGUCGAAUCUUCCACGAGUGACGAUGCCUAUUACACCAUUGGAGCUAUUCAAUCAUCUUCUGACACCGAAGUGGAACCUUCCACAGAUGCUGACAAUGAGUAUUCCUCGGAUGCGGAUGUUGGAUCUCCUACCACGGUGGGUGAGACAUUUUUCACCGAUGAAGAAGCUGAGCCUUCUUCCGUUCCCGAUGCUGAAUCUUUCCAAGACUCUCAACUUGAGAU